ACUAAUAUAUGCUUAGACAACGAAACAUGUGCAUCGACAGCACGAGCUGUGUUGAUAUUGACGAUUAGUAAUCAUAUAUAUGGUUGCAUUUGCGUUUAAAUCUGAAAAAUGAUAGUGUUUCUAUCGCGCAUGGCUAAAUCUCCCCUCGAGAUCUCCGUGGAAAAGGUCUUCUUCCUGUCAGCAGCAUCCCAGCGUUACUAUGAGAUCUGUGGAGCAAUCGCGUCUGAAGGUAAGGUGAAACAGGAGUCAUUUGAUUCAACAUGAGUGCAAUCGUUGAGUGUCGAUGGAGUCUCUGAACGCUGUGGAGCUCCGUGAACUGGGGGAUGGGAGCAGGAGAGAACCUCCUCAGUCCUCCUUAGGACCGCAGCCCACAGGCAUCGAAAACGCGUCGUUCGAGGAUGAGGAUCCAGGAACGAGGAUCCGCGUUACCUCCAGAACAUCUGGACCUGAGUUCACAUCCAUCGACUCUCAGUUGAAUCCGCUGCCUAUUCAGAGACAAGUGCCAUCACCACACUCCGAAGACGAACCUGAGAUUGAGUACAACAGCCAUUCAGUGGACUACGGGUUCAUAUUUGCGCUCGUUUUCCUUGUAAGCGGCAUCAUUUUAGUGGUCAUCGCCUACACGAUCCCAAGAGAGGCUAAAGUCAAUCCAGACCAAGUGACAGCACGGCAGAUGGAGAAACUGGAGAUGUACUACGCACAACUCGGUUCUCAUCUCGACAAAUGUAUUAUUGCGGGACUUGGUUUGCUCACUCUGGGAGGAAUGCUUCUGUCUAUUUUAUUAAUGGUGUCUAUAUGCAAAGGGGAACUGUAUCGGCGGAGGACUUUUGCUAGAAGACCCAUGAAAUCGUACGGAUCCAUUAAUAUGAGGAUGAGGCAGUUAGCUGAGGGUGAUGGGAGGGAGACGCUUGUGGAAUGUGAACCGAACGCCAUCGCUGAUGCUGUGAACGGUAAUCAGGUUCCUUCUGGAACGCUAAACACGUAGCACAACAGAAUCACAUUGAGACCUGUAGAUGUGCAGUCGCAAAAAGAAAUAGUGCUCGCAAGGCAGCGUAAAUAACAAUUUAGAUUUAGCAGACGCUUUUAUCCAAAGCGACUUACAGCAUAUACCUUUUUUUUUACUAGUAUGUGUGUUUCUUGGGAAUUGAACCCACAACCUUAUGUGCUGCUAAUGCAAUGUUCUACCACUGAGCCACAGGAGCAAAUACAUGUUAGAUAAGUAUCAGUUUUUGGAUUUGAUAAUCUAAG